AUGAUGCAUGGUGAGCGAUGGGCAGGUGGGUGUGAAGUGGGUUGUGUCGAUAAGUGCAGACCAGGCAUCCCAGGCAACGACAGAGGCUGGAGUUCCAUAAAGGAGGGCUACGCUGGAGCGACGAGAUUGGGGUUGGCAGGUACCCACUUUGACAAGUGCAUUAUAGGGGAGGCUACUGAGACAUCAAUGAGCGAGGCAAAGGGACUAUUGGAGAUAAUGGCUUGA